UUGGAUUUGAAAGUUCAAAAAAAAAAAACAAAAACGAAAACAAUGUCAAUACAAUCAUCAACAUUGAAAAUAAAUCAUGCAUGUGAAAGUGGUAAAAAAUUUGCCGAAUUAUUCUAUGAACAAUUGGAUAAGAAUCGUCAUUUAAUCGGUCAACUAUAUCAUGAUACAGCAACAUUAAUAUGGAAUGGUAAUCAUAUUGUUGGCAAAACAAAUAUUGUACAAUUCUAUAUGAAUCUACCGGCUAUUGAUACAAAUCUACAUGGCAUUGAUUCACAGCCAGUAUCACAGAUCAUAUCAAAAGAUCAUACCAGUAUAUUGGUCACCUGUAAUGGACGUAUGGCCAUUAAUCGUAAACAACAACAUUUUAAUGAAUCAUUUAUGUUGAUUGCCGAGAAUAAUGUAUGGAAAAUUGUAACGGAUACAUUUCGAAAUUAUUGAUUCACAUCAAAUCAAUCAAAUCAAAUCAAAUCAUUUGUAUAAUAUAUACGCAUACAUGAAUUUAUUAAUAUAUAUUCAUCAUUAAUCAUCAAAAUGAUAAUCUAAAAAUAACGAAAAAUUGAAAU